AUGUCACCAACACUUGUUGAAGGAGGCCCGAAACUUGAAGCGGCUAUCUGUGAGGUUCGAUCUAUCAUCAAGCAGGAAGAUUUUAUCAACAUCAAAUUUGAGAAGGAUGAGUUUGGACAUGACAAAAAUCUAGAUGUAUCUAAGCUUGUGGAGAACGACAUCUACAACGAAGCCGUCCAAAAGGUUGGCCAAGAGGUCGUGAAUCAAACGAAGACAGCGGUUCGGCAAAGAUGGCCAAACGAUGAAAUCAGGUGGCGCGCCAAUGUGAUCCGCCAUAGACAUGGUUCUAUAGCGGGCUACUUGAGCGCCCUACUGCCCAUACCUAAUGAGGCCAGCGCACGGCCCCAAAUCGUCUUUCAUUCGGCAAGUCACGACCACCAGGCACAGCGUCCUGCGGCAGUGACCAUCACAGAAGGGAAUUCUGAGAUAUACCUGUUUGACGAAGACACCAAUGCCUGA